AUGCCGGCACUGCUGCCCUGGGAGCCUGGCCCGGGCUCCGAGGGAAAGGCCGGUGGGGAAAGAGCAGCGUCAUCAGUUUCUGGGAGGGGGCAGCAGCCACAGCUCAACUUUGCUGCAGAUUCUCCCCCACCCCCCGGACUAUGGUCGGCGGUGCCCCUCGCCCUUCUGCCCACCGGCCCUGGAGCUGGCGCCCUUCGGCCAAGCGCGACGGAGCCCUUCCCGGCCGCAGCAUCUGCGGGAGAAGCGGCCCGCCGUCCCCUCCUCCCCAAGCGCUAUGGGAGUCCUCGGGAAGCUUCGUCCCACAGGGCCGAGCCCCCCACAGACGGCAGAAGGGACAGACGGGGCCGCGUCUCUGCCCCAGGCGGGCAGCGCAUCUCCGGCGGAGGGGCUGAACGCGCGCUCCUCGUCCCGCCCCCCCCUCGGUCCCCCCUCACCAUGGCCGAGCGGCGCUGGGUCCGUCGGGCUCAGGGCGCAGCUGCAGCCCGGGCGCCGCCACGGAGAGUUCGGCGGAGCAGUCGCGCCAUGCAGGGAGCCGGACUGGAGCCGCCCCUCGCCGGGCCUUGGAGCCGGGCCGAGAGGGCGGCUCCGCACGGCGCUCCUCCCGCUGCCCUGCCCGCCCGGCCCCUCUGCCCAUACAAGGCAGCUCGGCCCGCACCUCCCCGCCCGAGCACCGCAACAGCCUUGCCAGGAGGGGCUCGCUUUGUGGAGGAUGAGAUGGAGGUUGCCAUAGCGACAGCGUCCUGGCAACCGCUCGCAGCACUUUGCUCCUUCCUCCCUUCCUCCGCCCUCCUCCCUCCCUCCAGGACGCUGGCAGAGACCCCACCCGCAAAGAGGCGAGAGGGCAGGUGCGCCUCUGCCGCGCAGCCCCAGUCGGACGGCCAUGCCAGCCUCGGGGGACGGCUUUGCCAUUCCUGCACAUCUGGAAGAGGGCAAAGGAGGCCGCCCGAUGCUUAGGCAAAGGUCUGGGGCAGCCCUGCCCUGCUGCC